UUUCUGUUGUUGUCCAAACAAAUAAUGACAAUUUAAAAAAUCAAUUUUGCAAUGUUAACGCCGAAACAACAACAAAAACAGCAACAACACAUCGAUUACAGUUGGAUGAACUUUUUGAAACAUUCUUGUCAAAUAAUAAUGAUGAUAAUAAUAGAAAACAUUCAAUUAUUAAAAUCAUAAACGAUAAAGGUUGUCAUAGUUGUCAUCGACAAACAUUUGAUGAAAAUCAUUCAAUACGAUUGCCAAUAGAUAUUUUUUCGACAACGAUUAUUUUGUGUGAUAAAUAUAGUGAACAUUUUAUAACCAUUCCUUGUGUAUUGACAACGAUUGAAAUCGAUAAACAACCGGAAAAAAUGGUGGAUGAAAAAUCUGUUACACGUGUAUUGAAUGGUAAUGUUAGGAAUGGUGGCGGUGUUAGUGGACAUUAUCAUCGUAAUGGAUCAUCCAAUAUGAUGAAUAGUAAUGGUAAAAUUAACUAUCAACGGUCCCAUCAUACAAAUGGUUGUAUGACCAUAAAUAGUAAAACAUCAACGGCAAAUGGAUUCCACAAUAAUAAUUCAUCGUCAACAAUGAUUAAUAAUAAACAACGUCCAUCAUCCGUAUCAUCAUUAUUAUCAAAUUCUGAUUCAUCAUAUUAUUCAUCAAAUGAUUCAAAUACAAAUAGUAGUGGUAGUGGACAAAGUACUGAUUGGUCUUUAGAUACAGAUGGUGAUAGUAGUAGUAGUGGUGAUUAUGAAUAUGGACCCGGAAUUGUACAUCGUUUACGUCAUAAAUUUAUGACAUUAUCAACUAAACAACAUCAGAAUAAUCAACAAAAUCGAUUACAGAAAAAAUGCCUUUCAAGUGUUAAUGUAUCAACAUUGAUAAAACGUUGUACCAGUUUGGAAGAGUUGACAUUUGAACAAUUUAAACAACAAAUGCAACAACAAACAAUGAAUAAAACAACAGAUAUUAAACAACAAGAGUCAAUAACCGCUGUGAAUAAACGUCUAAUUAAUAAUAAUCAUUGUAAUAAUAAUCAUCAUCAAAUGGUUAAUGGUACGAAGAAAAAGCUAUUAUUCAUGCAACAACAACAACAACAGAAUCUAUCACAACAACAGAUGUCAACGACUAAUGGCCAUUAUCAUCAAAAGCAAUCACAACAACAAUCGAAUAAUCUUAAGAAAAAGAGCUUACCCCCACCGAUAGUGAACAAAUCUUUUUCAACAACAAAUUUAAAUCAUCGAACAACGACAUCAUUAUAUCCAACGAAUGUUGUGCAAAAAUUCGUUGAAAAUGUUCAACAAAAUAAGUUGAAAAAACCACCGCCGCCACCACCACAACGAAUUAAUUCGUCAUUAUCAACAACAACAACAAAAACAUUGACCAAUAAUGGACGAUUGUGCAAUACUAGUUCUAGCAGUACUAAUCAUUGUCAAUUAUCAUUAAUGUCCAAUAAUUCAACUUCAAUAGCAUCAAAUAUUGCAACUGCAACGACAACAAUAACAUCACCUGCGGCCAUUUUAUCAUCAAUGAAUAUUCAGGCAGAACAGCAACAAAAAGAAAUAGGUAGCCGACAACAUCCUCAUGAUUACCUUCAUACAGCAACAACAAUCAAACAAAAUUGUUUUAUUCAAAAAAAUGAAAUUUCAAAUAAUGAUAAUGCUACUUCUGCUGCUACAAUAUCAUCAUUAAAUUCAGGCGAUGGAUACAUGAAUGGAACAGCAAUGACGACGACAACGGCGACCACUGCAUUAAUGAGCAAUGAUAUUGAUUCAUCACAAACAUCAACUACCACCUCAUUAUCAUCAACAUCAACAACUUCAAAUAUUUUAUUAUUAAGUACACCACAGCCAUAUAUCAAACGUGCAAAAAGCGUUGAAACAUUAUCAUCAACAACAACAUUGAAUAAAUCUGCAAUUGAUGAUGAUGAGAAUGGAAAUGAUCAAGAAAUGUUGAAUGAAAAUGUUGAUUCUGAAUCUUCAACAUUAUCAUCAUUAACAUUGAAAGAGGAUGAGCCCAUAUUACCAACAGAAAUCAUUGAUUCAUUCAAUCAUUCACAACAACAAGAUAAUUUAAAUGUUGACGUCGGCGAUAAUAUUCAACAACGGCAAGUAUUCAUUGAUGAUCAUAAUAAAAAACAAAUAGCGAAUGCCGUCAAAGACUUGGCAAUGACUUCAUUAAAAUCAAAUACUUCUGCCAUAACACCAGCAACUAGUUCGACUUUGAAUCUGAAUCCUGUUGCUGAUCAUAAUACUUCUGCUUCACAAUCAACAAGUUGUAGCAAUGAUAAUGAUGAUGAUGUUGUUGAUGAUGGUGCCUGUUGUGUUGUUGGUGAUAAUGUUAAUAAACUAGUUCACGAAGAAACUCGACAACUUGAACAACUUGAACAACAACAAAAACAAUCGAAUGUAUCAAAUAUUGUCGAUAAUAACAAUGAUUGUUUGCACGACAUUCAACAACAACAGAUAACAAAUCCAUCCAAACCAUUGGAGGAAAAUCUGAUCAAAUUAACGAAAAUCGAUAAUGAACAAGAUAUUGAUAUACUUGAAAAACGAAACAUACGUAUUCAAUCACCUCACCAACAACAACAACAAGAAACAACAAUGACUACAUCGAUUUCAACAACAACAAAGACAACUAUAAUAACAACCCGUUCUUCAUCAAAUGAAUUACCGAAACCAGAUACAGUGAAAACAGUGAAACGUAUAUUUGAACAUCAGAAUAAUAAGUCAUCUUCUAGUCUUUCACCAACAUUCAAAAUAAAUAGUAAUUAUAAUCAAUCAAAAUCUUCAUCAGUGAUUAAUGAACGUAAAGGAAUUGUUUCAAAUAAAUUUUCAAAUACUUUAGCAUCAUCAACAAAAACAUCAUCAUCAAUUAAUCAAAAUCGAUCAAACACAAAAACAACAGUGACUAAAACAAAUGCAAAUAAACCAGCCAUAGCAUCACGACAAAAUCUGCCACAAACUAUUGCCAAACAACGUUCAACAGAAUCAACAUUAAAUCGAAAUGUAAAUGGUACGACAAUUAAUCGAUCAAAUGGUAUUUGUACAAAUAUUGUUGGAUCAUCUAAUCGUGGAUCGACAAACAAAAGUUCGACUAUUAAUGGUGUUAGUGGUGGUAAUAAAAAGCAUUAUCCAGCACCAAAACCACCCAAAGCAAGUGAUCAACAAAGACUCAAUGAUGAAAAAUCUAUUGUCACAACGGAACUUAGUUCUUUAAUUUCAACACAAGAAACAAUAUCAAAUAAUUUGAUCAACUCAGCAAUAAGUGAUUCGUUGUGUAAUAAUAAUAGUCAAACAAAACUAUCGCAGACCAAAGACAAUAGCAAUCCUGUUUUCAAAGAUACAUCCGGUUUUGAAGACGAUAACAACAACAACAACAAUGAUGAUGAAAACAACAAGAUUGACAAAAUUAAUGAUAAUGGCGUCAUGGCCAAACAAAGUGAUAGUAAUCAAAAGGACGACGAAUUGUUUCCUGUAAAUGGUAAACAAUACGAUGAGAAUAAAUCAGUAGAAAUUAUAACGGAAAAAAUUGACAAUGUUGUUGAUUUAUUAGUCGAAACGCAAAACGAACAUUCACAUUCAUUCUCAAUGAAUUCCAAAUUACAAACAAAUUUGAAAAAACCUGUGGCCAAUAUUCGUCCAUUUAAUUCUACAACAGCAACAGUAAAAAAUGUACAAUCAAAAGAAUCUGUAGUUGAUAAUAAUGAUAGCCUAAAAGAAUCAUCACCGAUCUCUUCGAAUAAAAAAAAUUAUAGUCAUGAAUCAUCAUCGAUUGAUGAACCGAUCAAAACAUUAAAACCGAGCUUGUUACAACAAAAUCGCAAUUCAUUGACAAAUGGCCAUCAUGAUAAUAUUGAUUCUUCAUCAUCAUUAUCAUCGUCAAUAGCAAAAAGUACACUUUGGUCAACAAAUCUCAAAUCAUCGUCAACAACAACAGCUACAAAUUCGAUAAAAUCAACCACAGUACAGAAUGGAUGUUCAUCAAUGGUGUUUGAUUUUCGUUCAACAAAAAAUAUUAAGCCAAAUAUUGCCAUACAGCCGACACCAUUUGGUGCCAAACCGAUACCGAAACGUCUUAUAAAAGAACUUGUAAAUGGAAAUGGUAACCAUAAUCAACGAUCAUCUGUGAUUAACAAUAAUAAUGAUACGGAUGAUGAAGAUGAUAAUAAUUAUUCUGGAAUGACUGAAAUUCCACCACCAUGUGGUAUUAUAUUUAUUGGUGAAAAUAUGAUCAUUAGUAAUGGAUCAUUGAUGAUAAAACGUAAUAAAAAUCUUUCUGUACGUUUUGAUAAUUCUAUCCCGUCGGUAUUCGAAUAUCCAAUGGUUGAAGAUGAUAAUGAUACAGAUGAUGAUGCUGUUGAUGAUGGCAAAAAUGAACGGAAAACAGAUGAAUCAACGAAAUCAAUGGUAUCAAAUCUGGUCAAUUCAUUAACUAAAUCAGAUAUAAAAACUCCAAAUUCGAUUAAUGCUACAACCGCUGCCAAUGGUGUAUUGAAAAAAUCAUUACCAACUGGUAACAGUAAUCUAGCUUCAUAUAAACCAUCAAAAAUGCCCGGACAAUCUACAUUUGAAUUAGGUGUAACAAAAACUGUUCCCAAUAGUUUCAACUGUAACACACAACAAGAAUCCAUUGAUGAUAACAAUGAUCACUGUGAUAGUAUGGGUGAUUUUGAUAGUUUAAGGCCAAUACCAAUCAAACCGGCAAGCAUUGAAGAUACGGUACCAUUUUCACGUUCAGCAACUGCUUCGGAUUUAUUAUUUUGAUGAAACAACAAUAAAAUGAAAACAAUUUCAAAUUUUCCAUUUAAUUUAAAUCAAAAUCUAGGCCUUAUCAUUUAAAGAACAUUCCAUUUAUUGUUG